AUGUCAAGACAACACUCAUCAUCCUCUGGCAAAAACAAAACAUCACCCAAUAGCCUGUCUCAUGGUCGUCUUGACUUAUCGUGCGAUGGGUCCACUGAAAGAGAACCAGAACAUAACCGAUCUGCUUCUUCUUCGAACAGGUUCCAUCGUGUUCCUUCUAAUCAACAUUCAAAAAAGAGAACCAGUGAAGACAAUGACGAAACAGAACCUGAAGAUUGGGACCAAAGUAAAAAAAAGAAGAGCGAUACCGAUUCUAACCAAAUAGUUUCACUGGAACUUUAUAACAGUCAUCUUGAAGUGUUUGCAGCAAAGAUUAAAAGAACCAUAGCCAGAGUAGCAUUCUUGAGUAAAGGAGGACAAGGCAGUGUGUUCAAAGUUACUUGGGUUGAAUGCUACAGUUGCGAAGAAAUUGAUGGUAGACUUUUUUUGGAAAUGAAGAUUUACCAACACCAUUUAGGUAAAUAUCCCAUUACAGAAACCAUGAUUUACCGUGUACUCAUUCAGAUCAGCCAGGCGUUAAUGUAUUUAUAUGAAGAGUGUGGUCAAGUUCUCCAUAGGGAUGUAAAAGUGCAUAACAUUUUGGUUGAAAACUUCAAGCAAGAUGAAUUCAAAGUAGUUUUGGCAGAUUUAGGACUUGCUCGUGGAGAAUUAACAAUUACUGAAGGCAGAUGUGCCAUUGGGACAGAAGGCUAUAAAACUCCAUGGCACGAAGACCCAUCUCCCAAAACAGAUAUCUAUGCUCUUGGUCGAACUAUUGUAAAAGUUAUUGAAGGUACACGAUACGUUAUGAAGGACAAAAUUCUUUUUUCAGAUCAGUUGCAGCAAUUUGUUACUACUGGAUUGUGUAAUAGAAUUAAAUCAAACAGACCAGACUAUAAGACGAUUCAGGAGCGGGCUCAAUCAAUGCUGAGUGAAUACUUAAACAAGCCUCACAUGCUGACCUAUAAUUACGACGAUGGUUAUUUGAACGAGUAUUUCGAAAAUCUUAAAAACAAGUAUUCCAAUAAGAAAGAUUCCCAAAAACCAUUCAGUUAUUCAUUAUAA